CAUGGAUUGAUGCGAGGAGACCUCAUGCACACUGCCAGCGGGAGUUUUGGAAACUUUUCCACGGGUGGCAGCUCCUUCUCCUCCUCCGCCUCGUCGUCGUCGUCCACCAGCGCGUCUUCCCAGAUCGCCCGCGGCUGCAGCCACUACCCCCGUCCGCGAUGGUGGCCCGCUCGCCCGCUCGGCACGGAGGCGGCGGCCGGCGCUGGCCGCGGGGAGCCGCCUGGCUGUGGUUGGCGGCGGCGCUGGGCGCCGUGUGGCCGCCUCGGGGCUCGCUGGUGCAGGGCCGGCGGCUGAUCUGCUGGCAGGCGGUGCUGCAGUGUCAGGGGGAGCCCGAGUGCAGCUACGCGUACAACCAGUACGCCGAAGCAUGCGCCCCGGUGCUCCUGCAGCAGCAGCCGGCGGCGGCGGGCGGCGGGGACAGCCCGGCGGGCGCUGCAGCCGCGGCCGCCUCGUCCAGGCGGCGGUGCCCCAGCCACUGCAUCGCGGCGCUCAUCCAGCUCAACCACACCCGGCGUGGCCCGGCGCUGGAGGACUGCGACUGCGCGCAGGAUGAGAACUGCCGCGCCACCAAGCGCGCCAUCGAGCCCUGCCUGCCCCGCACCAGCAGCCCCGCGGGCGGCGGCUCCGGUCCCGGCGGCCCCGGUGUCAUGGGCUGCACGGAGGCACGGCGGCGCUGCGACUGGGACAGCCGCUGCAGCCUGGCGCUGAACCGCUACAUGACCUACUGCGGGAAGCUGUUCAACGGACUGCGCUGCACACCCGAGUGUCGCGCCGUCAUCGAGGACAUGCUGGCCGUGCCCAAGGCCGUGCUGCUCAACGACUGCGUCUGCGACGGGCUGGAGCGGCCCAUCUGCGAGUCGGUCAAGGAGAACAUGGCCCGCCUCUGCUUCGGCGCCGACAUGGGCGGCAACGGCGCGGGCAGCAGCGGGGGCUCGGACGGCGGCCUGGAGGAGUACUACGACGAGGACUACGAGGAGGAGCCGAGCCAGAAGGGGAGGGACGACGCGGAGGACAAUGCGGGCGCCGAGCCCGGCUUCCCCGUGCAGGCGGAUAACGCCGGCCGGCCCGCCGGGGCGGCCGGGGCGCUCCUGGCCUCCAUCUUGGUGCCGCUGCUGCCACGGCUCUAGCACCCCUCCCUUCCCGCACCCCUCCCUGCCUGCUUUCGCAUCGCUGCAUCCCUCCAUCACCGCCUCCCUCCCCAGCCGCUUCGCCGGGCCGGGCCGGGCCGGGCGAGGCCCCCCGCGCCGAGCCGCCGCGGGCUUCUAGUCGAGCUCCCAGCGGCGGUCGGGGAUCCGGCCGGCGGGGCCCCUCGGCGCGGAGCGGCGUUAAACGCUCUGGCCGCGGAUUCCCCGACCCGUCGCCCCGGCGCCCUUUCCCUUCGCUUCUCCCCUUCUGCCUCCGCUGCUGCCCGCAGCCCCCAGCUGACCCCUUCCCCGGGCCCGGCGCUGCGAGCCGGCCGCUGGAGCGGUGUCCGGAGCGCAGGAGCCGCUCAUUGUUUCGGGUGUUCGUCUCGAGUGUGCACUAUGCAAUUACUGCCACCCUGCCUUCGUGUUACCAGCGAGCGGAGCGGCUGACAGAGACUACGGGCGAGGCCGCCAAGCUGCCUCCCGGGACAAACCGGGAGUCGUGGCAUGCUGGUACUGAGGGUCUUUUAAGAGUUUUGACAUGAAGGUUAGUAAGAGGUGAGCAACCCAAACCUGCUGCCAAAGCGUUGCCGUACUAGUUAGUCAGCAACUUAAUUAUCAUUAGCUGCAUCUCGCUCUUCCUGGUGCAGUUGUGCCCAAAAUGGGCCUACACUGCAUCUGUCAUUAAAUUUAGGGAAAUAUCAGACUGAAUAAAUCCGGUGGUUUUCAGCACUCCCUCUUGCACACACAUAUUCCCUAUAACAAAAGCGUGCCAGCAGCUGUCUCUUCCUCUGUAACCUAGCGACAUUAAAAAAAAUUGUUUCAGAGUUGUUGGCUAUACUGAACAAUGCAACUUUUGUUUUAAAAGAGCUCUGCACUGCCAUCUUUGAAAGACACUUUUAAACUCGAGAACAUGUAUGUACAAAUACCCUGAAAAGUUUUAUUGCCUCGUCAUAUCAGGGUGCUGACCUCUGGUAAAUCUUAUAUAAAAAAAGUAUUUAAAACUGGGAUUUGUUACCAGUCGCUCUUCAUUGUAUAUAGAAUUUUAUAAAUUGUAUGCUUUGGGGAUAAUUUAUUUAAAAAAAAUAAUAAAAAGUUUUAAUUCCACGCCCUAUUUGCCAGGUAGCUGCAUUUGCUAUUCAUUUUUGGAAAGGUACAGAUUUCACUUUAUGUUUAAAGGGAUACCAGCAACAAUGAUUAAGUGAAGUAUUCUCUAGAACGUCAAAUGUACAGUGUAUCUUACAGAUUGAAAGUUAACUUUCUUAUUUGGAGAGACUUUAUGAACGUUUUAGAAUUGUAUAAACGCAUUUCUGAACUGCCUUAAACAUUGUAUUUUUUAUAGAAUGCAUAAAAAAGGCCUGUCUUUUAAGUAUGUAUGGCUUUUUUGUAUUUUCUAAAUGUGUAAAUUAGUAAAGAAAGAGCUUUAAAUAGUGGAUGCAGUGAAAUCGUUUUCCAGGGACACUUGAACUCUCAGCACCCAAGAUAUCGGGGUGGGGGAAGAGAGGCGGGGAUCAAACCACAAAAUAACAAGCCAAAAAACAGUAAAAAAACCAAAACAAAAUAAAACAACCCAAACAAACAACAACAAAAAAACCAACAAAACAAACAACAACAACAACAAACCACAACCAACAACAACAACAAAAAAAAAAAACACCAAAACCACCACAACUGUGUCUGCCUGUAAUACUUCACAUAGAUGUAAAUUACUGCUGUUCUUACUUUAAUGGAAAAUUACAUGCAAGAAGUAAACACAGCUUUGAAAGUA